AAUAGUUAGAGGAUUCAUUUUGGUUCUUUUUAUUUAAAUAAGCUUAAGCUCUGACAUGAAAGGCAGCAGGUGAUAUGCAUAAUUGUAGUCCUUUUUUCCAUGUAGUACUUAAACUUUGGAGUUUUAAUUUAGUUAUGUUACAGGUUACAUUGUGUUUAUAGCAUGUUGUAAAACUGAUUUAAUAAAAGGUUUUAAUGUGAACACAAGCGUUUAUCAUUUUAUUUAUCUAUUUUAUUAUUCAGACAAAAUUAUAGACAGAGUGAUUGGUGGGUUUCGAUCAGUUGUGUCCAAAGUCGUCCUCAAGUGCCGGUGUCCUGCAUGUUUUCAGUGCUGCCCUGGUUCAACACAGCUGAACCUAAGGAGUGUUUAAUUAGUAAGCUUCCUCAGUAUGCCACUGCAGAGGCCUACUAAUUUAGCACUCCUAAGGUUAGAUUUUUCUUUAUUAAUUUUGACGCUGAAUCCCUCGGAACAGGAAGAUAGAGAGUUAAAGCGACAUAAAUGAGUUUAUUGGUAAUUAAAAGGGACCAAUCUUAACAGAUAUUUUAAAAAAGGAAGCAGAAGCGGUAAAUUAAUUCUCAUCGGCGCUCCUCCUCCUCCUUUCAACGGUUCAAACCUACAUGAAAAGGAGAGAUUUGAACUUUGAGUAACAGCUGACAGCGACAGACAAGAGAUAGUAAUGACCCUCAGACACUUUAGUUUUUAUCGGCCUUAAACAUGAAAUGUAACUGGGAAAACUAGCCUCGUAAUUAUUUUCUCUAGAUGAGGGCAAACAAAUAAAAGAAACACWAUAAAGACGUUUAAAGAGCUUGUUUUUGUUGAACAGGUCUUGAUGGCUGUUACUCAGGCUGCGCUCCCGUCYUUCAGCUCCUUCUCCAGCCUCACCACCGACAACAUGAAGGUGUGGAAGUCCGAGGACGUGUCUCUCCCUCUGGACUCUCCUCUAAACAAACUGUGUCCAAGCAGCUCGGAGCAGGUCCAGCUGUGCCAGCAGGUGACGGAGGAGCUCCUGAACGACGAGAGCCAAGCAUCCUGGGACAUCGAGCUCCUGCUGUCCGAGUGGAGCAGCGCCUCUCCUGACCUCAAUCUCAACUCUCCGGAACCCAGCCCGAAUAUGGCGUACCAAAAGGCGAGCCUGUUCAAGGACCAGACUGAGCCUGAGGGUCUGCAGGUGACCGGAGGAGGCCUCAUGGCUGAGCUGCUGUCACCUGAGACCACAUCAGUGCAGCCGGAGCUGUAUCAUCAUGGUUWCAGCGAAGACCAAUCAGGGAUUUUAUCGCCUAAUGUGCAGAACAUAAAUCAGUUUGAAUUCCCUCAAGGAGGGGGUGCUGAGCGACCYAGAGGCAUCAGUAAGGUCACAUCGUGGGACUUUAACCCUUACUACGCUCAGCAGCACCUCCCGGUGGUGACCUUCCCCAACAGCAGAUUCAUCCCCUCGCAGGUCGUGACCUCUGACCCCCGACACUAUGGCUACAUACCCCACUUCAACGCCAACCUUUACAGCGAGUACCCCCACAGCCAGGCCACUGCCCAUAUGCCCCCUCACCAACAGCACCACCAGCAAAUGCUGGUCAGACCUCACCUGCCCCCCAGUGGGGCAGAGGGGAAGCGCGGMAGGAGGCCUGCAGGGAAAAAGAGGCCAGCCAUCCACAGCUGCGAGUACCCCGGCUGCAGCAAGACCUACACCAAGAGCUCCCACCUCAAGGCCCACCUCCGUACUCACACAGGGGAGAAACCUUACCACUGUUCAUGGGAGGGCUGCAGCUGGAAGUUCGCCCGCUCCGAUGAACUGACACGGCACUACCGCAAGCACACGGGUCAGAAACCCUACCAGUGUCUGCUGUGCCAGAGGGCCUUCUCCCGCUCGGACCACCUGGCUCUGCACAUGAAGAGACACGCCUGAGUAAACAUUAAAAGAUAUUCACAGAUAUCCUCAUUUACACCAAAUAAAUUGAUAUUUACUUUUAGACUGA